UUUUUUCCUUUUAUUCUUCAUCUCUUUCGUUGUUAAUCUCUUUCGUUGUUACUCUUCCAUUUUGAUUAUCCUGUAUGAUUGAAGGAUGUUAGAAUCUAUACCCCUAACUCUUUGCCGUCUUCAACAUUAUCGAUUUCACCAGUACACAUUCAUUAUCGAUUUAUCAAACAUUUGCCUCAUCUUGACUGUCGUAUGACAAACCCUACCAUUGUCAUUAUCAUAUUUGGCGAUUUCAUCCACGUUUGACCUGGAUGUUGCUCGCGAUCUAACACCGUCGGAAUCAACUGACAACUAUAACCAAUGGCGGAGCACGGUGGUUUUCUGAUUCAUGGAUCUGAAGAUAUGUCUAUGAAUCGGUUGGUUGGAUGAUUCUCAUGGAAGCACUUUUGUGCAAUCGGUUGUGACAAUCGCAAACAUUUUCGCCAUGAUUUUUGUGACUUUAGCCUGUGGAUAUCAAGGAUUCAAGAGCGGAUGGCCUGGCUAUAAACUUUCUACAGGAUACUUCCCGUAUGGAGUAGACGGGAUGCUUGCGGGCGCUUCGACAGUCUUCUUUUCAAAGAAAAUAUUCGACAAAAUGGUCAAGAAGAAAGUCGUAAUCACGAAAGAGACAUAUUCCGCUUUAAUAAAAGGUUUAUGCAAGAAAGGGAACUCAAGUGACAUUCGUGAAUGCUGCGAUUUCAUUCGAAACAAGAACUGGUUACCUACGUUGAAUGAUUAUAGAACCUUAAUCAAUUCGUUAUGCAAGAACAAUAUGGUGGUGGAAUCUUUGUCUCUCUUUGAGCAUGCAAUGAUGGAUUACCCGCAUGAAGUAACAGAAAUCUUUUACUGUUUUCUUGAAAAUCUAUGCGGAAUCGGGUUCACUAAAACAGCUCGCUUUUUGUUCCAUGAGCUUUUAGAACACGGUUAUCGCUUGGAUCAGGUAGCGUAUAGUCAUCUUCUAAGCGGGCUUUGCAAAGAGAACCGUUUCUCAGAAGCUUUUGUUAUGUCAAAUACGAUGCUAGCCAAUAUUACGACCCCUAAUGUCGACAUUUAUAAUGUUUUGCUUCAUGGGUAUUGUGCGGUUAAUGACUUGACGAAAGUCAAAUAGGUAUUCGGUGCUAUCUUAAAGAAGAACAUAACCAUCUACACUUCAAGUUACAGUAAGUUUGUAUCGUUAAUGUGCAACGAGGGUCGAUACCGUUAUGCUUUCUCACUGAAAGAUCUAAUGGUCAAACAGAGUUCUUCACAUAUAGAUAUAACUUUGUAUAACAUCCUCAUGUUCCAUCUUUUCGCCUCAAAGAACAGUGUAUUUGUUGAUACGAUUCUAGACGAAAUUCAAGAAAAGAGACUCGAGUUUGACGAUGUCACGUAUAACUUUCUUGUAUAUGGAUUCUCAAACUGUGAAUCUGGGUCACGUUCUGUUUAUUAUCUAACCGAAAUGAUAUCAAAAGAACUGAAACUAAGCAACCGAUCUCUACGAGCAGUAGUAAGAUCGCUUUUAGAAGAUAACAAGUUCACGGAAGUCUUGAAAUUGAGUCAAGAAAUGGAAACCAAAAGAUGGGUUCAUUGUUCGAUUGUUCAGAAUGAAAUCGUCACGAGUUUUUUGAACAUGGGUAAGCUUCAAGAAGCUGUAAAGUUUCUCGAAAACAUGAUUCGUAAAGACCUCAUUCCUGAUAACAUAAACUAUGAUAAUCUAAUCAAGAAGAUGUGUCAUCAUGGAAGAAACGACACAGCUUCCGAUCUUCUCGACAGUAUGCUGAUGAAAGCAAACAUCCCAGAUUCAACAACCUACGAUCGUUUAAUUCAAGAGUUAAGCGUUUGUAACAAGAUCGACGACGCCCUUGAUCUUUAUACCGAAAUGUUGAACCACAAACUCGCGCCAAGUAUCAACACAUAUGAAGUUUUGACCGAAAAGCUUUGUGAAUGUGGAAGAACGUUAGAAGGCGAAAAGCUAAUCGACACUAUGAUUCGUGCAGGAGAGCAACCGAGUAAGGGGAUGUUUGGGUCGGUGGUUAGUAGGUAUCGGUUCGAAAGAAACUUUACAAAGGCGUCGAAGCUUUUACAAAGAAUGCAACAGUUUGGGUACAAACCAGACUUUGAGACUCAUUGGUCUCUCAUAAGCACUCUAAGCAGGCUUAGUGAUAGAGAUAUAGACGAUAACAGUAGUAAUUUUCUGUCAAAACUUCUUUCUGAAAGCGGGUUUAAGCCAAAAAAAGACGUGGAUCGGAAAUCGAAGUAAUUAGGGUGCGACCUGGUUUUGUAUUUAUUUCCUGCAUUUAACCGUCUUGAAUAGCGUAAGCUGCGUUUUGUGUAAUCUCAUUGGUUAGCAGGGUAUUGAUAGUAUUUGUGAGUUUAUAGAUAACAUGUGCGAUGUUUGCUUUUUGAAAUUGCUCAUUCUGUAUCUAUACUUACAAGUAUGUAUUCUGAUUCAUGUUCGAUCGCAAAUCGCAAUAUUGUGUC